AUGCAUGAGGAUGAAGAUGCAGUGCGUGUCACAGUGAGGGAGUCCAGUGUGGAAGUGGUGCAGGGCGACUCCAUCACUUUACCUUGCUCCUUUUUCACCAUGAACCCCCUGAUACGCCUCAGCAUCAUCUGGACCCUGACUCCCUUUUCUGACCAAGAAAAUCCCACCCAGGUGAUUGUGUAUGAUCAGGGGCAGGUCAUCGAAAGUCCCUCCUUCACUGGCAGGGUGGAGUUUACUGACAUACCAUGGAAUGCUGAUAUUGUCCUGAAUGAAACACGUAUUUCUGAUACUGGCAUCUACCGUUGCGUGGUGAACAAUCCACCAGAGACAGGAGACCCAGGAAUAGGAGAACUCAGCCUCAGAGUCCUGGUGCCCCCGUCCCUGCCUGUGUGUAUGUGGGAUGGAGACACUGUUGUGGGUAGCACCGUGACAUUGACCUGCCUGGUAACGGAGGGAAUCCCCAUUCCAGUAAUAAGCUGGGAGAAGCUGGAGCCAGAUCACAUCACCUUACCCAUUAGCGCAGAGGGAGAGUCAAAGGGCUUGGUGCAAAUUGCAAACAUGUCUUCAUGGGACUCUGGAGUGUAUCGCUGCUCCGUUACCAACGCUCUGGGCACACGAAACUGCUACGUGAAGCUUACAGUGUACACCCCUACAGAGAAUGCCCCAGGCCUCCUGCAGGGGGUGCUAAUCUCACUCUCCAUGGGCCUGGUGCUGCUGACCCUGUUGGCACUGGUGUUGUGGCUCCACCGCUCGGCUCAGGAGAGCAUAUGGAGGGACAGACGUGUGGAGGAGUGCUACAACGAGAUUGCAAACACUCCCUCUUUAAUCAAGCGCUCAUUUGUCUGAACCUGGUUUGAACUUGGAAACAAAUUCCUUCCCAGUCCAAAAAUCUCAACAGUACAUUUGAUAUGCACUACAUUGGUUACGAUUGCUGUCUGUAUUAAUAUACAGAAUAAAUCCUGUACCUUCUGUAGUGUAGACCAAUACUCCUCAGUGCUGUAAGUAAGUCAGCUCACUUAAGGCCAAUGAAGUCGAUAAAAGCUCAAAUAAUGAUGUAUAAUUUGAUGGAUUGGAAUUUACUCUUCCUUGUUAAAAUAGUGAGUACGUAUGUUAAAUGUGACUUGCUAAAAUAUGAGAUUAUUCCAGCUGAGGAAAGUUUUUGGGAAUGUGUUUAAGCAAUAAUAAGCUCAUAAUCUUAAGAUGAAACCGACAUAAAGGAAGCUGUUCAGCAAAUGCAGUUCACAUAGACAUUAACUGACGUGCUAUUUACCCAACAGCCAGCUAUCGCCUUGUAAGCCUUUCAGCUUCAGAUGGUCCUGACCAAUGUGUUAUUACCAAACAGCUAAUAUAUCAUUCUACCAUUAGCAUUUAAAUUGUACCCGUAUUAUACAGUUAAGACUUUUCUAAAGGCAACUUUUAGGUAACAUUCUCGAAUCUGACUCGUCAGAUGGAAUUGAUUCGUUUUCUUCGACCACAGGUGACAAUAGUGCUGUAUAGAAUAUAAAUCACAGGUUUAUAUUAGUGUUCGCUGAAACACAUCUUUCCUACAACUACGCACAAGUGAAGACUAAUAACAAGACUAGAAACAUGAUAAACGUAUUCUUUGACAGCGGGACGCUUUCUGAAUGGAGACAAUUAGUGAAUAGUUAUGGAAGGAAUCUACAUUGAAGUAGACUGAUUGUAAACUGUAAAGAUGAAAGUUUGACUAGUUGUUUGUUAAAUUAAAUCUUGUUUUGUUGAAUUGCUGUGGUGCGAGACGAAAUAAAUCACUUCGAAAUGUGUCGUUAUAGUGUGGUGUACAAAGUAAGCCCACUUACAGGACUCAUCACAGCGUCGUUGAUGAUUUUCCUUAAACAGCAUGCCCUAAAUUAGUUUAUCUUCCCCAUGCUUGAUACCACAAUCUUAAUAUUUGCCAUUUUUCUACAAAUAAAAUACU